GAAACGUAAAGUGAUUACAGAUGAAAACAGUACUUUUAGUCGUUUUAGUCGUAGUGUAAUGUUUUUUUUUUUCAUGCAAGAAUAGCAACAAUAAACGUAUGCUUUGCAGAUUAACGUCAUAAAAACGUGCAUUAUCCCUACACUGGAAAUGAAAGAAAUGCUGCUAUAUCAAGAUUUAUGUCAGACUUGUACACGAUUUCAGACUGUCAACCUGGAGAGAUGUGUGUAGAUUUAAACCAAAAAGGAACGGUAUCUGGUAGUUUGAGUGGUGUCACCACUUUAACUGGACCAACAGGUUUACAGGAUGGAAAAGAAUGUAGUAGACAAGCAACUUUUAAGGUAACAUUUGAUAAACUCCCUUCGAGUUCUACAGGUUUGUGUCAUACAGACAUCUACACACAAAGGCGCAUGCUGAAGGUUCAGAUGUACUUCUCCGAUAAAUACCGAAAUUUAUGGAUGUUUAAUAUAGGAGAUAGUCCCAGUAACGAUGGAUGGUCGGGGGACUAUGGUGACACGGAAUAUGAAGCUGAAAUUCAAGCCGUUAGCCAAACAGUGGCUGUGUAUGCUAACAACGUGAACAGAACGGACUGCAGGGCUCAGCUACUUUAUCAGUAUAAUGGAGCAACUAAUACCAGUACAAGCAAAGUAAAUGUUUGGAUUGCCAAUCAUUAUCUCAAAGUGGCGAAUGAUAACGGUCUCUGUGAAAGGAAUUGUAACAAAUGUCUGUAUGGUCUCAACGGGCAGUACACUCCUGGAAGUAUCAAUCAAGACAUUCAUGUUGCAGCCAAUAGAGUGGUAGCUGGAAGUUACAGAAAUGGAUAUGGACUCUGUUUUAUGAAAAUGAGCUGGGUGGGUGGCCCAGAGGUGUAAUAUUGUUUUGUAACAUAGACUGUACGAUUAUUGUUUGAAUUUGAGAGCUAAUUUCAUCAUACUAAACUGUUUUCUUGCUUUUUUGCAUGCCCAGAAUCGGUGUAAAAAAUCAAAUGUUUUAUGCAAGAAUUCUGCAUUAUUAUCAUUUACUGGUUUCGUAUGACAUUAAGAUUUACUGCAGUAACAGCUGCCAAACUUACAAAUAUCAGACCACAAAAAUAGUCACUAAGAAGUAUGUUAAAAAAUAGAGCAUAUAGGCACUAAACUUAGGCACCCGUUUAUUGUAAUUGGCUUGUGCUUACUUUUUAGCUGAUAACUAGAUAUAACCAUCCAAGUCUACAUGUGUAUUUUCAAAUCUAGAAAAAAUUUACAAGUUUAGAUAUUUUUUAUAUAAAAAUUAGACAUUACUAGUAGGUUCAUGAGAAAAUAUAUUUAAUAAUUGACAUUUUUCGUGUAUUGAACUCGAAAUUCAUCUUGUAUUGUACAUGUACAGCUACCUGUAUUUUAUAAUGUCAUAGACCGAUACUCUUUGUUCAUGCCCUCUGAACUUACUCUGUUU